ACAGUAAGAGAGGAGAGAGAGGAGGAGGAGGAGGAGGAGGAGGAAACCUCCAUCUGCCCUGCUCGGUGACCGACCCGUCAUCCUCGACUCCGGGGCAGAAACGGAUCUCUCCCCGGUCUCAGUGCUCGGCGACUUCCGCGGAUGUAGGGUCGAGCCAGCGGAACGUUAAGGAACAAAUGACAGUCGUGUAAAAGGAAAAUUUCACAUGAAAGAAGAGUCUAAAUAUAGGAUUUGCCCCGGACUGCACCAUCGCCGCCGCCGCCGCCACCGCCGCCACCUGCACCCCGGUACCGGUCAAUGAGAGGCAGCAACAGCUCCGUCGGAACUGCAGCCCCCUUCUCGUCGCCGCCCCCAACUCUUCUCACCCCGGUCUCCUUUAUUUCUCAAUCAUGCUCUUCAUGUGUCCAUAUGUUGGGAAACAGUCUUAUUUUAGAAGCUCAUCCUCCUCUUCCUUUUCUGAUGCCCUCUUCUGAGUUUUGACUCCCUCUCUUCCUGCAAACACGCACACACACACACACACACACUGGAACAUGAAGCGUGGGUCGAGUGUGUUGCAGCCUCCAUCAGAUGCAGCCAAGUGGCACACACACCCUGCAAAAAUACACACUGAAACACAUAUCAACGAUGACAGUCGCUCGGAUACGACAGAAGGGCGUCCGGAAACCAAGUUGGGUCCCAGUUCAAGUCCCUUCCCAGAAGCCACUUCUCUGUUCAGCCCUGAUGUCAGCACUAAGAUGGCGUCUGACCUCCUCAUCAGGCUAUCGGAAGCCACCCAGAAGGCAGAGCUGCAGCCCGGGACACAGGAGGAGCUGCAGCAGCAGAGAUGUGAGAUCAUUCCACCAGGACAUGGUGGAGGUCAACAAGAUGAGCCGGGCCUUGCUCUCUCACCAGACGGUCCUGGGGCAAGUCCGGAACCUCCCUCACUGACACACACCCCUGAUGGCAACACCACAGUGGACACGCUGGCCUCAGACCUGUUGAGGAAACUAGCAGGUGAAGCAACACAUGCAGAUUUUGCAACAAUCGCAGAGACGCAAGAGGUCAACCAUCAUGCCGUGAAGGUCAAAGAGGAGGAGGUGUCAGUUGAAGUCUCGGAUCUGAUCCACGUUCCUCUCAUCAGCCAAACUGCUCCUAAGUUGAGGAGCCACCAUCUCCUCACGAGUCAAAAUGAAGAACACAUUCUUCCCAACUUUAAAGUUAAACCUCAGUUUUUCACCUCCAGCCAGCAGUCCGGCAGUUCUGGGGCCGAGGCGUUUCAGUUCAGAGUGAAGAUUGAAAAUGAGGAUGUGAAUCCGAUAUCUUUUCAGGCCAAUGUGGGCCACCAUUUUCGCUUCAACGAUAAGCAUUCAGAGCAGCUGUUCCCCAGAGCAGAUCUUUUUUCUGGAGUCACGAUGGAGGAGAAAUUUCCUUCGAAUGCUCAAAGGGAUAAUCAAUCUUUCUUUGGAGUGAAGAAGGAAGACGUCUUUACCUCUGUGUUCAAAACUGAAGAGCAGUUUGAUUCGGGGGGCACCAUGGCCAACCAUUGUCUCGGGGCGGCACUUUGGCAAGACAUGUCUGUGAACCUGGCCUCCACGCUGCUGCAUCAGCUCUCAGAGCGAGUCAGUAAAUCCAGUAGUCAUCCGACCGAGAGGAUGACUCCACCAGUCGGAAACAGCACUGGGUUAAAGAGGGCCGUCGAUCCCACCUGCCCAUCUCCUCGUCUGAGCACCAAGGAGCCUUUGAAUGGUGCUCAACACAACCAAAGCAAAAACAAGCGGAAUGGAUGUUCUUACUUCUACAGGUGUCACGUGUGUGGAUUCGAGAUUGAGCCACAUGACCUUUUCCAGAGUCACAUGACGGAGCACCGCCAGUGGGAGCAGGACUCAUUUUCUCUGCACUGCUGUGUGUGUGGCCACUCCACCAGUAAGGAGGCAGCGAUGAGAACCCAUAUGGAAACCCAUUUACUAAGUGUCACAGGGGACAGCGGUGGGAUCAGAUGCUCCGUCACCCCUCCUACUGCUGGCAGCGGCAGAGCUCUGUCAGUUGCCAUGGCAACCCAGCUGGAGACAAGCACCUCUGAGCAUCGCUGCCGCAUCUGCCAGAGGUCGUUUCCAGGGCAACAGGAGCUGCAGGUUCACUUCCAGGGUCAUCGUCAAGGCAACCAGUACCGGUGUGACCGAUGUGGUCACCUUACAAGGACGGCAAACAAACUGGUGGAGCACGUUCGCGUUCAUACAGGGGAGCGGCCGUUCACCUGCGAGCUGUGUCCUUAUAGCGCCAAGCGGCGGGACAGUCUGCGUCUGCACUGCAGGGUCAAGCACCCCGGACAUAUCAGCGGGGGCGCGACAGAGACUCCGAGCAAUGUGCACACACACCGGACAUAUGUGCACGGAGACAAUCAGCGCUCAAACAAACAUAUCCAGAGGCUGCACACGGACACCGCUUCACUCUCCUCCAGCUCCUUCCUGCGUCCUUUCCAUCCAUCGCUCUCUGACCAAGCCGGGUGGAGAGAUUUAUCUCCUCUGCUCCCUAUCACAACGCUCCUCUCCCUGAAACCUCGCUCCAGUUGUCCUUCCCUCAUCUCAUCCUCGUCAUCUGCUGCUACCAAACACUCUUUUCUCGGCUACCUUGGUCUGAAAACUUCUUUGUGAAUGUUGUUUUACCUUUAAAGGUUCCUACCUCCUCUUUUCUCAUUUAUUGCUAGCUUUCUAACCUUCUUGUCCUUUGUUGGAAUUCUUUUAGAAUUCUUUUAUUUUUCAAAUUAUUUUUAAUUAUUUUCAAUCCCUUAACCUGCCUCAUUUUGCCUUCCUUUCUUCCUUCCAUUCAUCCUUCCUUCUUUUGUUACCUUUCUUUUCUUUCCAGAAAUUUUCUUCACUUAGCCACACCUUUCUUUCCUUCCUUCCUUCCUUCCUUUUCUAUAAUGAUUGUCUCACUUGCUAUCCUGCUUUAUUUCUAUUCGCUGCUUAGUCUUUCUGUUCCUCAACAUUUCUGCCUGGGUAUCGACCUACCUAUCUUCAUUUCACCCCUCAUGAUGCACAUACUUCCUGUUCCAAAAAGUCUUUACUUUCCUGGCCACUUGCGAUUUCUUUCCAGUCCUCAUCUUUCUUUUUCUAUUCUUCUAUUUCCCCUGUAUGACUGCUCCCCCUCACACACCCUGGAUUUCUUCUAAGAUGGAUGUAAAGAACAAAAAUGUAUCUCCUCAUCUUCUAUGAGAAUGUCAAACAGCUACUGUUAAACACUGAAUGCACCAAACAUGAGGAUAAGUUUGGAGUUCUGUCAACUUUUGCGUCAUGCUUGUGAUUUUUACUGCCUGCUUUUGUGCGUCAUUUACUCACUUGACUCUUUGCUAUUUAACCCUGUGACAUGUUUAUUGCCUGUCUCACUCAUCCUUCAGAAGUCACAGGCUUUAAAAUCCAUGAUCCUUGCUGCUGCUAAAAUAUUAUCCCUUUAUAUAUUUAGAGAAGCAGUCCCCACAUGUCUGUAUAUUCUUGGAGUUGCGUUGCUCUCUCGAUAAAGGUCAAAUGUCAGCCUCAAUUUUAUACUUUUACAUCUUGUAUUAACAUGAAACAAUUUAUCUUACUGACAUUAUUAUACAUUUUAGUGCGAGCAAGCAAACCAAAUGGGGACUGGCAGUCACUUAACAAUCAGUAGGAUUGUAUUUAUUUACAAAAUAGAUGCAAAAAAUUAUUAAAGCAAUACAAUAAAGAAGUAAAAUGAAUGGGAAAAUAAAUAAAACUUACCGCUACUAUAGUUUCCUCAGCAGGAUUUCUAAGCUCUGUGGUUUCUGAAGGACAGUGGCACUAGUUCUAAUAUUUGUGUUGUAUAUUGAAAAUGUAUUUGUGUUUACAAAACAACAUAAGACUCGGAUGAGUCUAAAAUGUCUUAAUUUAAAGUUGCACUUUGUAGUGUUGCAGAGAAAUUAACCGUGGUAGAAUGCUUGCACCUUUUUUGAACACAGCACUCUCAAAAUUCCUUUGUUGUUCUAUCCAACGCGACCAAACUAACAGUUCCUCAAAAUGUAUAUUUUGUCAAUUUAUUUUUUGGACAUGCAGUAUGAUAUAUUACACUUAGUUGUAUUGCACUGAUGCAUGUAAUAUGGAAGAACCACCAGAGACUUUCAACAUCAACUGCCAGCCGACUCCUACAACUACUGAAAGAAUGCAAACUGAUAGCUGAUAAAGGUUGUUAUGUUAUAAUCCGAUUGUAUCUUUGUGUUGUGUUUGAAUUUGUUCAUCUUGCAAAGAGAACUUUCUAAAGCUUGUGAAUCACUAGUAAGCUGCCCCCUUCUAACUUUGGAGCAUGAACUGCCAGGAGAAAGAGGCCUUGUGGACUCAGGAUUUUUGUUUCCUCAGUACUGUGUUCAUCUUGAACAUCUAAACAGACACUUUUUAAUGCUGCUCUCUGUCAGUUGGUGCAUGCACUGCCAGGUGGACACGUCAUUAUGAACCUAUGAACUUCAGAGGCUGAUAAAUGUUUGUCUCCCAUUUGCUGCUUCAGUACGAUUUAAAAAACAGUGAUGUUAUUAAUCUAGAAAAUAAGUCAUGGGCCCCUAAUAAAUUAGAGACAAUCGCCUUAAUAAGACCAUAAACCUAUGAGCUAAGGAAGUCACACAUUUAAACCAAGGAAAAACUACGAAAGCUGAAUUAUUCGGUAUCACUUUCCAUAGUUCCCAAGAUUUACGUUUGAAAAUUAUGAAGAUUAUUUUUGUCAAUUUUCUAGGAGUAGUAGUGUUCACUGGACAUCAUUUAUUGUUGAGUUUUCGUUCAUGUCGUGGUACUUCUGUUAUUGGCCUUACAACAAAUAUUGAAUCUGUGACGCCCCCUGGCGACUCUCAUCUUAAAUAACAAUACUAUUUUGGUGUGCAUGGCGUGGAACUGUGCAAAUAACAACCCGGUAAAAUGUCUUCUUGCCAUUUAGUGUUUGACUCCGAGAGUUGAGAGGGAAUCGUUUUAUAUUUUUGUCAAAACUAAUUCAUGCAAUCAUAAGCGCGCCUUGAAUGUAGAGGACUGUUGCUCUAGCUGUUCUGGUUUCUUCUCUCAUUUCCACGAGACAAAGCAUGAUAUUAAAAUAGUGACAGCGUGUACAUUUUUUUCCCUUCUAAUUUUUCUGUUGUUUCUCUACCUUUGAACUA